AUGAACUCUUGUUCUUUAUAUCACUGUGCUCUGCACACCCUGAGUCUGGCAGUGCUUGUUGCUGGGAAUGUCCACCCAGAAUGUGAUUUAAUGGUAGAGCUGAAGAAAAAGGAGGUUGAAUGUCUGGAGGCCCCACGAGAGCAUGGAAAUGCAACAUCACCAGGUUGCAAGAGAACUUGGGACAAAUUGCUGUGCUGGCCAGAGGCAGAUGCUGGAGAGAUUCUUGCCUUACCAUGUCCAAACAUCCUCUUUCACUUCAUGAAGGAGCCAGCUGGGAUGAUAAAAAGAAACUGCACAAAAAAGGGCUGGUCUGACCCAUUCCCUCCCUACCAUGUGGCAUGUCCAGUAGAAGAUGAAAUUCCUCUUGAAGAACAAUCCUACUUUUCUACUAUAAAGAUCAUCUACACUGUGGGAUACAGCGUGUCCAUCACCUCCCUCAUCAUUGCUGUGACUGUUCUGAUUGCAUUCAGGAGGCUUCGCUGUCCCAGGAAUUAUAUCCAUGUACAGCUCUUUUUUACAUUCAUCUUAAAGGCUAUUGCCAUUUUCAUUAAGGAUGCUGUCCUUUUCCAGGAGGAAGGCAUUGAUCACUGCAGCUUCUCCACAACUGAAUGCAAGAUCUCCGUGGUUUUCUGCCACUACUUCAUGAUGACCAAUUUCAUGUGGCUGCUGGUGGAGGCUCUCUACCUAAACUGCCUGCUGCUCUCAUCCCUGUCUCAUGGAAGAAGAUAUUUUUGGUGGCUGGUUCUCUUUGGCUGGGGUUUUCCAACACUUUUCACCCUUGUAUGGAUAUUGACAAAAUUCUACUUCGAAGACACAGCAUGCUGGGAUAUUAAUCAAGGCUCUCCUUAUUGGUGGCUAAUCAAAGGACCAAUUAUAAUUUCUGUGGGGGUCAAUUUUAUCCUAUUUAUCAACAUCAUCAGAAUUUUGCUGAAAAAACUAGACCCUAGACAAAUCAACUUCAAUAAUUCUUCUCAGUACAGACGUCUCUCAAGGUCGACUCUGCUUCUAAUUCCUUUAUUUGGAACCCAUUACAUUGUUUUCAACUUCCUCCCAGAAUAUACCAGCCUGGGGGUUCGGCUUUAUUUGGAGCUCUGCAUUGGAUCUUUUCAGGGGUUUAUUGUGGCAGUUCUCUAUUGUUUCCUGAACCAAGAGGUGCAAACGGAAAUCGGCCGGAGGUGGCACGGGAAGAGGUACGGGCUGGUGCCAGUGUGGAGGAGGACCAGGUGGACGGUGCCCUCCAGCUCUGGGGUGAAAAUGACCACAUCUGUGUGCUGA